UCAGUUCUCGAGGAUCAGAGGGACGAUCAAUUUGAGAAUCUAUCGAGAGAAUUUAUGUUAUGUUGUUUCAAUUCGACUAUUCGACUGAAUUUACCUGUUUUUUUUUUCGUCCUGUUUUCGUUGUAAAUCGUCCAAUAGCUGGCCUGAUCCAUACGUGAAGACGCUUAUCAAAUCGUUUCGGUUGCUGAAAUCGUGCAUUGAUUUUGAAUUAGCUGAUUGGUUUCAGAGUGCCUUCUGUUGAGCAAUUAGCAGCAAAUAAAUUGCAGUUAAAGGAUGGGGAAAGUUCCGUACAUGAGGUUGAAAGGAAGCCAGAAUCUAAGGCUACGGCUUCUUCUCUCGACGCUGUCGUCGACGCCGAUUCUUAUCGACGACAUACGCAGCGACACCGCAUGGCCUGGCCUCCGCCCAUACGAGGUGUCGCUCCUCCGCCUUCUCGAAAGAGUCUCCGACGACUGCGUCGUUGAGAUUAAUGAAACCGGCACAAAGCUCAAGUACAAGCCGGGGAUUGUGAUGGGCGGGAGGCAUAUCGUUCAUGACUGUGGCACGAGCAGAUCCAUUGGGUAUUUCAUGGAGCCAUUGGCAGUGUUAGCUUUGUUUGGGAAGAAACCCCUCACAAUCAGGCUCAAAGGUAUUACUAAUGAUUCCAAGGACCCAUCUGUUGAUACUUUUUUAUCGACUACAUUGCCAUUACUGAAGAGGUUUGGCGGACCCUUGGAGGGGCUGCACCUUAAAAUAGAGAGUCGGGGAGUGCCUCCAGAGGGCGGUGGAGAAGUUGUUCUCUCAAUCCCAAUCGUUCAAGAUAGUUUGAAAGCAAUUACAUGGACCGAUGAAGGCAUGGUGAAGAGGAUUAGAGGGACGACCUUUUCAACUAAGGUGUCCGUACAAUUCGAGAAUACAAUGAUACAUGCUGCUCGUGGUAUUUUUAAUCGGCUACUUCCGGAUGUUUACAUAUCCACCAAUCAUAGAGCCGGACCGCAAGCUGGAAACUCACCGGGAUAUGGAAUUUCAUUAGUUGCCGAGACCACAUCAGGCUGCUACAUCUCUGCUGAUACAGCAGUUUCGUAUGCUCAGGGAGAGGACGAAGAUGAUGUUGAGAAUAAGAAGAAAGAUUUACGGCCCCCGGAGGAAAUUGGUGAACAAAUUGCAUCGAACCUUCUUGGUGAGAUUGAACAAGGGGGUGUUGUGGAUUCAACUCAUCAGGGAUUAUUGUUCCUUCUGUGUGCAUUGUGCCCACAAGAUGUUUCGAAGGUUCGGGUCGGGAAGCUUGCACCCUAUGGAAUUGAAGUCCUUCGAAACAUUAGAGAUUUUCUUGGUGUGAAGUUCGACAUAAAGCCAGAUCCAUCGACUGGAACUGUGAUCCUUAAAUGUGUUGGGUGUGGCCUCAAGAACCUGUCGAGAAAGGUAUCUUGAGAAGCCUCAAAGCUUUUUGUAGAGCAAUAGAUUGAAUGCUCAAAGAGGAAUUUCAACUAAGGUGUGUGUAGGUCUUGCAUUUGUAAUUUAUACAUCUUUAAUUAUAACCAAUUUUGUUGAAUAGGGUAUUUAAAUAUAUUAACCUUGAAUAGGCGGUGUGAUAAAAAUGUUGUGAUUAUAUAUUUUGGGGGUAUUUUAA